AUAACGGACCUCCGUGGUAAUGCUAACGGAGUCAUAUAUUUGCAAAUAUGUGACAUUUUUUUUGAAUAAAAAAACGUGAUUCAAACGUGAACGUUUGGUGCCAAAAGGAGAAUAAGAUGCUGGCGGUGGAGGUGGAAACACUCUGAGCUGUCUCCGUGCUGAUCUGAUCUGGUGUGCAGAGAUGUCCCUGGCUCAGAGGGUUUUGCUGUCUUAUGUCUUCACCCUGGUCUUCCUCAUCAUGGUGGUCCUGAAGCUGGAUGGAAAGGUGCAGUGGAACUGGUUCCUCAUCUUCCUCCCGGUCUGGGUGGUCGACGGCAUCCUCAUCCUCAUGCUGGCCGUCAAGAUGGCGGGCCGCUGCAAGCCCGGCUACGACCCGCGCAACGGCUCGCCGGACCUGCGGCUGCGCAGCUGGUACCUGACGGCCAUGCUGCUGGAGCUGGGCUUCUGCCUGACGCUGUGCGCCAAGCUGGAGCGGCUGGCCGACGUCAAGCUGAGCGUGGUGUGCAUCCCGCUGUGGGCCAUGCUGCUGGGGGCGCUGGUGGAGCUGGGGAUGAACAUCUUCCCCGAGAGGAGAGAGGCCUGAGAGGGGUCGCGACCUUCGACGUUCGACGUACCAACGAGACUCAAGCAGAGCUGGAAAUCUGCUGCAUUUUGUUCCUUUAAAUUUUAAUUCUGUGCAUCUACUGUGGAGCGAACACUGGACAAACCUCCAGGACUGUUUUGUAUUUAUUCAGGAAGUGAAGGAUAUUCUAAUGGUACUUCUGUAUUCAGUACGAUGUGUCGUCCCGUUCUUAUUAAAUGUGGCCAAAGUGUUUUGAGACCACCGCGAAAUGCUUCAGCUGGUCUCUUUUUAGUUUUUACGGUCAUCCGCUUCCGAUUCGUCAUGAGGCAGGUGUCAAAUUACCAGCAGAUGGAAAGGAACCCUUGUGAAAGAGGCUGUUCGAGGCGAAAGGUGUUGAGUUUUGAUUACUUCAGUGUAAAUGUGAGUUAUUUAAAGUUUGUUUUAAUCAGAAUUUUCACAUAAAUCAGACUGAAUGUGUCCAAGUCUGAAAUCCAGCUGUAUAAAUGUAUGAAAACAGAUGAAAUUAUCAGCAUUUUAAGUUCUUUGAUUCUGGUCUGUGAAGUACGAUCGAUGAAAAGUUGCCUAAUUAAAAAAAAAAAAAAAAAAACAUUAAAAAGUGAGAUUUGCUCCAUGUUUACGACCACGCUGUGGCAUAUUUUGGAUUUCUUCUCAGUCUUGAGCUAAAAUGUGACCUUGAAGAAGAAGAAGAGGAGCGUCUCGGCGCGCCGCCUC